UGUUUUAAUUCUUUAAUUAAUUAUACACUACUUCCUAUAAAUCAAUAUUCUUCAUUCUGUAAUCUUCAUACUUUGAACCAUGACUAAGUUUAACUCUUUGGUUAUUUUAGCCCUUUUCACAAUUCUCUUUGUAAAGGUGAUAGGUCGCAUGCCCAUUGACUCAAGAUGGCACGAUGCACAUGCAACCUUCUAUGGUGACAUAAAUGGUGGCGAAACUAUGCAGGGGGCAUGUGGUUAUGGGAAUCUCUUUGAACAAGGGUAUGGUCUUGAAACCACGGCACUAAGCACAUCACUCUUUAAUGAAGGCUAUACUUGUGGUGCGUGUUUUGAGAUCAAGUGUGUCAACGAUCCUCAAUGGUGCAAAAUAGAUGUGGGUUCAAUCACUGUGACUGCAACAAAUUUUUGUCCCCCCAAUUACUCCAAACCUGAUGGAAAUUGGUGUAAUCCUCCACAAAAACACUUUGACUUGAGCAUGAAAAUGUUCACAACAAUUGCCAUUUACGAAGCAGGGAUCGUCCCAGUUCAAUAUCGACGUGUUCCAUGUGUCAAAAGUGGUGGUGUUAGGUUUGAGCUUAGAGGAAACCCUUACUUUUUGAUGGUUUUGGUUUACAAUGUUGCUAAUGUUGGUGAUAUUGUACGUGUGGCCAUCAAAGGGAGCAAUUCUAAUUGGGUUCAAAUGACACAUAAUUGGGGACAAGUUUGGCAUACCGGACUCAAUUUGGUGGGACAAGACUUGACAUUUUGGGUUACUACAAGUGAUAAAAAGGCUUUGCAGUGUAUUUCUCUUGCUCCUUCCAAUUGGCAAUUUGGACAAACCUAUGAGGGCUCAGUAAAUUUUUAAAUGUGUUGAAUUUUGGUUAUAAUUCAAACUAUUAGAUACAUUAGGUAUAUUAUGUAAUUUCAAUUCUUGUGCUCUGAACGCUAUAAGCCCAUUAUGUCCCGAUGAAGAGUUUACCUCUACCAAAA